CGUGUGACAUUGGAUUAGUGCAGUGCUUAAUGGAAGGCAGAAUUCAGGAAACCUGCUGUUGAGAACUGCUGUUGUGUGUGGAAUUACGAGAUACUAUAAACAGUGCGAGAGGCUAUGACUCGUACAGUUACUUAUGUGUACGCGGCUGUUUCCUCACCUGCUACUGUUAGGCUGUUUUCUUGACAUCACGAAAGAUCGAAUUGACCCCCGUGUAAUAUUGAUAUGAAUGAAUUUGACCCAAGUAUUUGUCUGAUCAGAUUAGACAUUGAACCGCCUUCAGUAAAAAGAUCAAAAUCUUUCUCCUAGCUUUAUACCGGAAACAAGCUACUACUGGUCACUGCUAACUCGAAUUUGUGAUAGUUUUUUUGGAUCGACGCCUUUAUUGAUAGCUUAAAUCUAAAGCUAACGAUAAAGCUGAUGGUGACCAGAAGACAUCGUUUGUAAUCUGGGCUUUUUUCAUCCAAAGCGCCACUAACUUGGGUUGUCGGGAAAGAGAAGAAACAUCAGAAGCACCAAGAGACUUCUGGUCAGUUACUGGCUGGAAGACACGAGAAGAGUAUCUGGCCUUUAUGAAUGCCAAGGACUUCAACCACAAUGCUCACUUUCCUCCAAGGCAAACCUUCUACCCUUUAGCAGCGGACCCUAACAAGCAAAUCAAUAGUCGGCUUUAUAUCCAGAAAAAGAAAAAGCCUCGUUGCAGUAAACUAUGUGUAGUGGUUUGGUUCCUAGCCUUCUUCGUCCUCCUUUCUGUUGUGAURACAAGUCUUUUUAUUUGGCAAGUUAAGAGAAUGUCCCCAGGUGAAUCAAUGCCGAAAGUUCAACAGAACACUGCGAAGUGUCUUGGUUUGCCAAAGCCUGUUGAAUUGGAUGCCUUACCCAAACAACUAAAUGCUGAAUUAAAAGCAAUAGAAAAUCUGAUUAACAGAAAGAUGGCGGGAAAGGAUGGAGCUCAGAAUGGGAUUGGUACUCUAACUGCUAAUCUAGUGUAUCGCGACAAAGUCAUCUGGAACGGUGCAUUUGGAGUUUUAAACAGAUCUGAAAAGUUUCCAAGAAAACCCUCUUCCUCUACGGUUUUUCCUUGUGCGAGUAUCUCUAAGGUCUUAACGGCAUUAGCGAUGUACAAGUUGUACGAUGAAAAUUUUAUAAGAUCCCUGGACGAGCCGAUUACCAAUUUUGAUCCCGACUUCAAAAUUAACAACCCGUUCAACAAUCACAAUCUAACUCUAAAAGAUUUAGCAUCGAUGAGGUCGGGUGUUCAACGAGAGGCACCCUGUUAUCCUAGCAGCAACGAAAACCUCUGUCCCUACAAUCACACGAUAAUGACAGAUAGAAUCAAGAAUUUGUCCCUCCUCGUGGAGCCCAACACCGUCUCUCAAUACAGUAACUUAGGCUAUGGUCUUCUCGGGCAAGUCUUGGCCAAGAGGUUUUCACAGGGUAAUUUUAACUUAUUGGCAGAGAAGUACGUGCUAAAACCACUAAAGAUGGAUGACUCCAAGUUUUUCUUGCGAAAAAGCCAGCUGCAAGACAUACCUGUAGCUUACGAUACACUAGGUAAAAAGAAGCCAGUGUCAGAAUGGGGCUGGUUAAAUCCAGCCGGAGGACUUUUCUCUACCAUAAAGGACUUGUCUAAGUUGGAAAUAGAACUAAUGGACGACGGUAAUAAAGGCAGAUACCUGUCAAAGGCAGUAACAGAUCRACUCUUCUCCACAAUGCACAUUCUGCCUGACGGAAAGUCAAUGACGGGAACACCAUGGGAAAURAAGAUCCAGGCUGGAAUAGUCUAUCGGGACAAAGGAGGUGCUGUGUAUGGUUACAAUGCCAUGAUGUCGAUGGUACCUGAGUUGAGACUGGCUUUUAACGUAAUGUGCACCAAUUGUCGCUUGACAUAUCAAACAAUCGUGAAAGAAAGUUUUGAGAAACGAAUUGUACCAACGAUGACAAAGGAGCUAAGAAAGGUUUAUCAGAAGAAAAUAAUUCUUCCGCCGGACUACCAAGUUUACGWGGGUAGCUACAACACGACUGAUGUGCCAUUGCUAGAGCGACUGGAUGUCGAAGUUCAUAACAAGAAGCUAAUAUUACUGGUUCACAGAUCUCCCAUAUUCUAUCUGAACUACACUUCGGGUCGUAGCUUCAGAAUAUCUGUGAUGAGUGAAAGGACAGAUUGUAGUAAUGCCUACACAUUAGCCAGCGAGAAUGAUCGGCUUGUCUUUGAUCAGGUUUCAAGUAGGGAUGGUUUGUCACAUGGAUUUGUAUUAUUUAAUGCCUAUCCGAAUGGAUGGUCCUAUUUCUCUCGAAUUACAACAAAUGCGCAGUAGGUAUGGCAAUACUUAUCAUUGAUAUACGAUGCAUACACCAAUCAAUGUCACACUUGCCCCAAGUCGACCUUUCUUUGCGCAUGAUCAAAAAGCGGUGAUUAUAUGGCUUUUGAGCCUAACUACACAGUAACUACAAGGGAAAUAGCGAGAAGAGCGAAUAGAUAAGAAAAAUGAAGUUUCAAGAAACAUAUGCGUAUAUAUUCUACAAGCGGCAAAAUACGCAAAUGACUUACAAUUUUCUCUCCUACAAAGAAUGUAUGAAUAUAUAAUAACGCUAUGUAAAGAUAUGUUUUUAUUCUAUGGAAUAGAUGUAGUGGAAACGUAAUCAGACGUUUCUUAUGACUAUACGGUUUCUACAAGCCUUCUCAGUUGUGGUUGACUAACAUCAUUAACUGCAUGUGUUGAUAGUUCCGUCCUAUGAGCCGUGAGGACUACUAUGCCAGAGAUAAGAUAAGACUUUUAAAGAAAAAAUGCUGCACAAUCCCUGAGACCAUUUCACUUACUCGGCCAUUGUGCACAACGUCGAUAGAGGAGACUCCAUUCACUGUAAUGUGUACGAGCGCAAGUCAUAGUCAAAUAAUAGUCAAUGUUAUGUUACGUCAAGAGAUGGUCCAUAUUCUGGACUGAACUGAUGGCCAUAUUCACGCUAUCGUUACUCCGGCAUCAUUGUACGUAAUAAUGCHAAAGCCUGAAUUUAAAAGAGAUUUCCAUUCUUUUAACACUGAUUUAGGUAAUAAUUAAGUGGAAAAGAAUGGGACAUAGAUCAUACUCAGAGCCACAUCACAAGAGUAAAAUCCUCGCACAUUUUUCGACGGUCUAGUGGAUCAAAAAACUGUGAUCUUUAGGGACUUGUCAGAAAGUAAAGACAUCACAUUCAUUAGCAUAUUGGAAGUAUAAAGCUUGUUGUCUCCCAGAUACAUCAUUCAAAUAAUUCAACUAUUCACUUCAUGUAUAAUCAAUACUGAAAAURUUGAGUUAGGGCUUAGGAGCACUUUAGUAUAGAAGUGUGCGGUUUUGAAAAGGUCCAACGUGUUUUUUUCUGAAAGAAUGAAUUGUGUUUCACUGCAUGAAUUUUUCUUGGAAAAAAUAAUCCGAGCUCCAGGCGGGUUCAAGUUCCUUAGUAUACGUUUGGACCCCUCUUCUCAAAAAGUCCUGGAUCCGCCUUUGAAUACAUAUACAGCUCUGUCCGACACGGCAUAGACGUUUCAGUAUUGCUUAAAUACGUUUCGAGCAAUAAAUAUGCUUUUUUCUAUAUAUUUUAAAGAUAUCGGUACCGGUGAGGUGUAACUACUUCUGAUCAUAACUUUAGCCAAAUGCAUAUGCUUUGACCGUUAAGCCUUGAAGUAUGCGAGCAGUUAAAUAUUAUUUGCGAGGAGAUGUUGGAGAAAAGCUAAACUAUAUAUGAGUGAAAGUUCAAAAAUUGUUAAAUCCGCUACAGAAAAAGAGAGCGCAAGGAGUGAAGAGCACGUGUCCUUGCGGCUCAUACAGAUCAGACGUCAACAUCGAUCGAUCUUGUGUAUGGACGAUCGCGGGAUUUACUAUAAAGGCAAUAAAGAAGCAAGAAAAAAGCAGUUGUUAGUGUAUGUUUUCUCAUACAAAUGUCACAGGUUGUUUAGUCUGAUGAUCAAUAUAUUUGGCUGUUCGUGUAUAAGAUAAACUCUUCCCUAAAGUACUAUAACUAUAUGUUAGUCCUGAAUGAUGACUAUCGAUGACUAUUACUUUGAACAGCGUUUUUCUUGUCAUUAGAAAAAGGUAUCAAGCGAAAACGUAAGCAGGUUGCGUGGAUAAAGAUCACUGUAAUAGCUGUUUGCCACGUUAGACCUAAGAAUCCUUAGCAAAAUCUUUGCUUAUCUCAUUUCCAACAUCUCCUGACCUAUUCACUUUGUCAACAUGCACUUAUCUCGUGACAUACUAGUUGUUUAAUUAAACAGUAUUCAAGUAAAAACACAUUAACAAAGGCUUAAAUAUGAUGCUUUGCCGCUUCAAUAUGCAAAAUCCAGUUCUCAUUCGUCUGAACUCGGCGAAGGAAAUCAAAUAAAUGUAUUUGUUUUAUUCAUA